UAGACGACCAUACUAAUUGACAUUUCAAUGAAAUAUGUUCAUUUCGUUCAUUCAUAUGUUCAAAAAUAGAGGGAAAUUGUAAACAAAAUUUCAAUAUUGGUUGUUUUCCAACCUAAAAUAAAUUGUUUUGAUCAACUUUCUGAUAUGAUGAUUAUCGUUAGUCAAUAAUUAGUCAUUGUCACAUAAAGUCGAUAUGGCGGAGGACAUACAAGUUACUUUUAUAAUACCAAAAAAUUGUCGAAGUGAAGAUGAUUGCACCGAUUCGGAGUUAAAGCUUGCUUACACAGUUUGCCAGCAGCAUUGUGGUGGUGGUCUGCAAGCACAAUGGGUGCAUGAAACCAAGUGGAAUAAAUUUGAAGGCUUAACAAAAAAGGAUGUGUUUGUGUUAUCUCAGUUUGAUGGCGAUUUGUAUGAUAGGCUGAGGAUGACAAAAUGUUUGUUAGUGGGUCCAAGGUGCUUAUCAUGCUGCUUAACAGAAGGGGCACCAAUACCGUCUGGACCCGAGCCAGUUUUCACCGUGGCUAUGAGAGGCUUGGUUGUGACCGCUAGUGGACUGUCUAAACAACAAAAGGAAACUAUAAAAAAGAAGGUACACUGGAUGGGAGGAAUUUAUAAUACAGUAUUAACUGAUGAUACCACACAUCUCGUAUCGGACACAGUACUGUCUGAUAAAUACAUUAAAUCAGUGGAGAAAGGCAUACCGAUAAUGUCAGAGAGCUGGGUUCAGGGUGUCUGGGAGGCGUCCCUCAGCGCCAAUAUCUCCGGCUCCUCAUCAGAUUUCGACCACCACCGACUGCCGCCGUUCGCCAACCUGCAGGUCACCACCUCCGGCAUCACUAAACGGGACAAACUGAUGAUCAUGAAGCUUGUCAACGACUACGGUGGAACAUUCUCUGGAGCUUUUCAAAGUGAGACUACAGAUGUAGUUGUAUUGACCAAGGAAGGGGUAGGCAGUGAGAAGUAUAAAGCUGCCCUAGAGUAUGGCAAGGCGUGUGUGCUUCCGUCGUGGGUGAAGGACUCCGCGAUGCGGGGGGUGGCCCUGCCCGUUGUCAACUACAAGGUGGCUGGCGCCUCCACGUCCUCACCUCUCGCCGAGCACCGUCUGCCUGACAUGAGUUUAAACUUUUCACGUAUCACAAAUUUGAGGCCGCCGAGUAAUUUUGUCGACGAAUCGAGAGCUACCGAUGUUACCAGUUUAUCUGGGAAAAUUAAGCUGUCUCAAGAUCUAAAAAGGGCAAGCGAUGAGCCAGAUCUAGAUAAAGAGAUAGAGACAGAGUUUGAAAACUUCGAUAUGAGUAUAUUAAAGAAGGUUGGACCCAUUUUUGAUGGAUUUUGUUUCUGGGUGACGGGGCUAGAAGGCGCGUGCGGUGAACGCGUGGCUGCAUGCGUGGCGCGUGGCGGCGGCGUGCGGCUGGCGGCGCCGGCGCGCCGAGUGACGCACGUACUGGCGCCGCGGCGCGCCGCCGCCGCUGCCGCCGCCGCCGCGCCCGCCGCCGCGCUGCUGUCACCGCUCUGGCUGCUGCACAGCCUGCGUGCCGGCCGUCCGCUUGACGAGGCGCCGUACCGAUUAAAUCCAGAAGCAACUACCCCGGUGAAGUCAAGUAAACCAGCCGCCGAGCCGGAAUCGCCAAUGUCCCGGCGCAACCUGCAGCUGCUGCGGCGGCCCGCGCUGCACCUGCCGGGACCCGAGCCUACGCCCGAUCCACAACCAGAAGAUGAACUCGUCAACCACUAUUUGAGCCAAAACGUGCAACCGGAGCCCCCGCGGCAGAAAACUCCUGAGCCAGCACCAGUAGUCGCUGAAGGUGCUGAACAGCCGGACAUCACUGAAGAUGCGACAGAGGAUCCUACAGAGGAGAUAGAACAGAUAUUUGCUGGUAUAAAGAUAGAAGUGCAAGCGCUAGACGAGGAGGCAAUCAGCGAGGUUGGCGCGGAGGUGGCCGCGGCGGGCGGUGUGCUGUGUGCGGCGGGCGCGGGUGGAUCGUACACGCUGGUGCCGCUCGACUUCGAUGAUAACGACCUGCUUACACGCACCGCCGAGCCUGUCACCGUCUUCUGGAUCAAAGACUGCCUCUCCCAGCAAGAGUUACUGCCUAUACAGUACUACCACCGGCCCGUGAAGUUGCCGCAGUGGUCGGGACCGCCUCCUUUACAGGGAGUGGUGGCCAGCCUCAGCACUUACAGCGGGGUGGAGAGGGCAUUCCUUGACGAACUGGCCAAAUUGCUCGGUGCUACAACCCAACUGCGUUUCUGUCGGCGUAAUACCGCAAACGCGUUAGCGUCUACCCACCUAAUUUGUCCCACCCCCACUGGGGACAAAUACUUGGGGGCGGUGAAGUGGGGACUGCCGGCUGUGAAGGCCAGUUGGCUGCUGACCUGCGCUGAACUCGGACGGAGGGUCAGCGAGAGGGACCAUCUCGUUGGUGAGACAAAAGCUCCACCCUCACCAGAGAAACCAAAAGAGCAGCCAGCGGCGGAGACAACUCGAGAGGAACCCGCCGUCGUUGACAAAGAGAACGUAAUGCAGCCACCAGUUGCAGCGGCGCCGCGGCGGGUCUCGCUCCUCAGUAAAGAGGAUACUCCCAAAACGAAGGUUCCUGUGGACGAUCUGUCCCCGGCGUCGCGGUACAUUGCGAUGGCGCGGCAGGGCCUGCUGGGCGGCGACACACAGGACACACCCAAGCAGCCGCACGAACUGAAGGAUCUAGCUGCUAAUGAUGGUGAGUGCGCGGUCCGCACGCCGCCGCUGGACGAGGCGCUGUCGACGCCCAACCUGCAAGCGCUCAGUCCCACCACGCGCCGCCGCCUGCAGGCCGUCCGUCGCGGGGAGAUGCCCUCCGACCCCAUACGGACCCCAGUUGAUCCAUUCGCUGCGCAGCCGCAGACGCCGGACAGCUCGUUCGGCGCGGCGCUGCGGCCCGGCUCGGGGCUGUCGCCCGCCGCCCGCAAGCGGCUCUGGGCCGUCGUGCACGCGCUGCCCGCUGCGACCGCUCACCGCGAACACGAACAACACACCCCGCUGUCGGAGAUCCGCAACCGUUACCUGCAGCAGUUCUGCGGCACAACCGCCACUCCCCCCGCCGCGCCCGCCGACACCGCGCACCCCCGCAAGCUGCAGCUGCAACAACAGGAAAAUGCAGAGACACCUCCAGCAAAAAUGGCAAAACUGUCACUGGAUCAAAGCGCUGGCAGUGGUGUCAACAACGAUCAGGAUGUCAGCGAAAAAAGCGCUGCAAGCGCAGCGAGUGCGACCAGCACCACGAGUGCUUCUAGCGCGCUGCCUGCCGCGGUGGAUGCUCAGUUGCAGCGGUUGAAUGCAGCACUCGCCAACAAACUGAGUUCGCAGCGAUCGCGCCGCACUAGAGACUCGGUCUCACUAGCGCCAGCGCCAGAGCCGGAAGCAGGUCCCGAGUCGCAACCCAACACGGUGGGCUGGGACGACACCACGCCCACCGCCGCCUCUGGCCCCGCGUCCGCACCUAACUCCGCCCCACCACAGCAAGGACCGCCUGUUCCGAAAAUCAAAAAAUUCAUGCUGUCUUCCAAUGUUGAUAACCGCGAAGAGAUCGUGGAGAUGAUCCGGUGCCUGGGCGGCGAAGUGUCGGAGGGCUCGGAACUGGACGAGGCAGCGACGCACCUGCUGUGCGCGGCGCCGGGCCGCAGCGAGAAGAUGCUCGGCUCGGUGGCGGCCGGCCGCUGGGUGCUGCACCCCGCCUACGUGCCGCGCAGCCGCGCCGCCGGACGUUUCCUUCCGGAGGAGGAGUUCGAGUGGGGCAACCCGGCGGCGACGAGCCUGCCGGCGGUGAGCGGCGCGGAGCUGGCGCUGGCGCGGGCGGCGCACCGCUGGCGGCGCGCGCGCGGCGCGGGCGGCGCGGGCGCGCUGGCCGGCGUGCGCGCGCUGCUGCACGUGCCGCCCGCGCGCCGCCGCCAGCGCGCGCGCCUCGUCACCGUCGCCGGCGGCGCCGCGCCCGACCACUCGCCCCCGUACAGCGACGAGGAUAUCACAGUGUGCUUCGCGGACUUGAAGCGGUAUCCCUUAUCGGCCCGGGACGCCGCUUGGCUGGUAUCCCGUGGGAUUCCAGUAUGUGCGCCCGUACUUUUAAGUUCGUACCUUACCGAUGACCCGCCGCCUGAUCCGCAUGAACACUGUUUACCGGAAUUUAGACCUAAAAGCUAAGUGAUAUGUAUGAAUUUUAUUUGUACAUAUAUCUGACGGUUUAUGUACAGUACUAUCACAGAAUAUUAAGUUAACAGAAUACAUCACUGCCUUGUAAAACGAACAUAUUUAAAGAUAAAGAACUUAAAAUGAUGUUGCUUGGUCGAUAUCCCGUGCAAUCAUGCAGUAAUCCGUGCGUUUCACAGUAGGUACAGUGUGUACCCUGUAUACUGGAAUUUGGACCUAAAGUGAUAAAUGAUACGAACGAGUUUCCUUUAAACAUUCGAAGGCUUACAUAUAGUACUGCUAUAGAUUAUGUAUGAUAUAUAGUAGAUUGCCACUCCCUUGUAAAAAAAGAAAUACAUCAUAAGAUACGCGAAAUCAUACAUCACUAUAGCUAAGUCGCUUCAUAUUGACUGCUACAAAGUAACGCUAAAUAAAAUCACAGAUGGUCACUGAAUUCGGAUUUGUUCGCGAUUCUUCGGCUGGGCUCGCUUAAUAGUAAAAUAAAAUUCGUUGUAGAUGGCCGACUGGGUCGUAAAGGCUGAUUAUCAUAAAACUAAUAAAUCACUUUCAAUUAUAAUCAAAGGUCAUAACGAGUGAAAAUCGCUCCUAUCAUUUAUCACAGGUGUUAUAACUGUUAUAAUUAAAAAUAAUUUAACAAAAUGAUAGUAAGUAUUAAAUGUAGCAAUUAUACAUAUACCGUGAAUGCGCCCGUAUUUAGUCAGUCAGUCAAAUUUUCAGAAAUUUCGGGGUCGAACGUAACACAAUUUUUUUAUAUUAAAAUUACAUAAUACAUAUCUUUUAAAAAUGUUAAAAUUAUGCUUCUUUGGAUUAUCAUGGUAGGAUUUAUGACUAAUGACUUGUUCCAUUUAUUGCACCGAUUUCGCUAUGCAAAAUAACACGAAAUGGAGUUCGAAAAUUCGGAAUUUAAUUUCAUGGUAGACCCUUUGUUCCCAUAGAGUAAUAAAAAGGUAACACACAAUACACAUAUGAAACCGUGGAGGUUAGGGGGUCGCAAGAUAUUUUUACAUAAUAAGGGGGUCGCGUCAUGAAAAAGAUCAAAAAAAAAACACUGAUCACAUGUUUACAAUGCGACAAAUAUAAAGCUAUGUACGCAUUCAUAAGUGUUGAUAUGCGAAGAUGUGCCACACUGACCAGUGUCAGCGGUAAAUGAUAUUGUCCCAUACAUUAUGUAUGUAUUAUACUAUCCAUUGAGUGACGUUCAGUAAUAUCAAAAUUGUGCCAAUACUCUCCGUCAUAGAUUAUAUAUAUAUAUAUAUAUAUAUAUAUAUAUGUAUAUAUAUAUAUAUAUAUAUAUAUAUAUAUAUAUAUAUAUAUAUAUAUAUAUAUAUAUAUAUAUAUAUAUAUAUAUAUAUAUAUAUAUAUAUAUAUAUAUAUAUAUAUAUAUAUAUAUAUAUAUAUAUAUAUAUAUAUAUAUAUAUAUAUAUAUAUAUAUGUAUAUAUAUAUAUACAUAUAUAUAUAUAUAUAUAUAUAUAUAUGCUAGGCAUGGGUAAUAUGCAUAUCGAUCCGAUAUCUAUAUAUUGGGUUCCUCUGACAUUGAUGGCGGAAGAAAGGGUCACAGUAGGGAUAUAUAUUUACAUUAUUACAUGUAUUAUAUCUCCAUAUUUAGUAAUAAUAGGAUCUUCAUCGUGCCUCCAAUCAAACAGUUUAUAAUUACUCCUUUCCAUCCAAAGGUUGCUUGGAAGAGAUCGCUUUUAGCGAUAAGGUCGCUCAUUGUUUUUCUUUUUGUGAUUAUUUCUUGUAAUUGUUUAUAUUUAUAAUAGGUUUACUGUUGUAAUCUUUUGGAGGAAACAAUAAAGAGUAUCUAUCUAUCUAUCUAUCACCCAUUUCGAUAUCGUCUAUAUCGGUCGGAUAUCUAUUUUUUAAUAUGUUACAAAUCUGUUAUGCAAUACUGUUUUUUGAAUAAGAGACUUUUAAUUUAUUCGUUAUUGGACUAGUAUAUAGUAUAUUGUAACUAAAAUAUAUAGAUAUUGCUAUAUAUUAACAUAUGUACACCUAAUAAAAUGAUGCUGAUAAAGGUAAUGAUGGUAUUAACCCUUAAAAGCCUGAUUUUUAAAUCAAAUUAAAAAAUAUACAAGUGUACCCUUUACUGUGUUUACUAAUGGGGAAAUAUAGUAAAAAAAAUCAAAACGAUAUUUUUAUAUAUAAUAUUAAUUUUGAAAAAAAAAACACUUGGUAUCAUUUUUGAUGUUUUAGGCAUUACGGUAAUCUCAAAUAUUUAAAUUUAUUUAACAACGAAACAAUGCAAACGCCGGUAUCAAAUUUGAAACUUCAGGUAUUUAAGGGUUAGUAAAUUUGAUGUUCAAUGACAAUAAUAAUCAAAACGAGACACUAUUAUAAGAAACACGAAUGUGUGAGCAAGUUGGGAAAUAUUUAGUGCGCGCUGUGUAGGUAUCUCGGGUCGCGUGCACUUCAGUACGUCGUAAAAUUUCAAAUACAUUGCGCGGCGUCAAAACUGAGAAUCGUUAAUUAUAUGGCUGUGGUGCAUUUGCGGUGGGAAAGUAAUCCGCCAUCUGACCGUUCAGACCGUUCAUCUGAAUCAGCUGUUUUCGUUUUGACCAACCUGUCCAUUACACCCUGUAUACACUUGUCGUUCAGGUAUCUGAACACAGGGUGUGAUGUAUAUCACACCAUGUGUUAGGCGUCAAAAAUCUUUGUGUUUAUUCCAGAUAUUUUUAAAAUUAUAAUUUAAUAAUUGUAUAUUAUUAUGAUAAUUUUUUUGUAUGGCGUUGUUGUUACAAGUAGCGACUGCUAUUGUAAAUAAGGUUAAUGAAAAUUGUAUAUUAUU